CGCCCACGGGGCGGUUGCCAAGCGACCGCGUCCGCACCGCGGCCUGAGGGGACGGCGCGGCCCGGCCCGGCUCUGACGGGAGAGGCCGAGAGAGCGUCCAGGAGAAGCGACCAUGUCCAUCGCCGCCUCCAACACCAGCAUGAGGGUGCCUGCCGGCUUCCGGAACCUGCUGGAGGGGCUGUCGCGGGAAGUGCUGCGGGAGCAGCCCACCAACGUGGUGGCCUUUGCAGCGCAGUACUUCCAAAAGCUGCUGGAGCAGAGGGAGGCUAGCGGCAUUGACCCGGUGGCGUGGGGAGCCAUGCUGGAGGACGACCGUCUCACCUGGCCCCCUUCCCAGAAAGAGGCCAAGGACACAGAGGGGGAGCAGGCAGCACCAGGGGAGGCAGGCGGCAUGCACAGCUCUGGAUCACUGUGAUUCCGCCCCAAAAUGAGUGGAGAGGAGCCAAAGAGGAGCAUGUCCCCGUAACCUUCAUGAACUGGAACACCUCUCCGGAGAUGCAACCUCAGCACUUGCCCCAAAUCCCCCAUUUCCCGCUGUCCAACCCCAAAACUAAAAAAAACCCCUUGGUCCUCCCCUGGCUCCAGCCCUUUUCCCGUGGGUGGGUGCUCCACUCCCAUCCUGCCCCUGCGGUGCUGUUUUAAUGAGGAAUUUUAUUAACGAGGUCCCCGCCGCUAUUAGCGUCGAUCACCUGAGAUUUCUCCCCGAAAAAUCCUGGGUUUGGGGCUGAGCUGAGCACGGGAUGAUAUUUUUAGCCUCUAUAUUUAGGCCCCUGCAUCCCUGGAGGUUGGAAGAAACUUCAUAACAUCCCAGCGUGAAGGAAUGAUGUGACAUUGCUCCUCUGCUACCCCCCUCCAUAAGCUGAGAUACCUCCAUGGAGUUCUGGGUGGCACACAAAGGCCCCCCAGUCCUAUUCCCGCCUGUGAAAUUCAUAUUUUCCUACACAGCGUGGUUUCAAAAUCCCCCCAAAAAAGUGGGGUUUGCGUCGAAGCUGGCUGCUCUAUUUUUGGAGAGGACUGAGCCCCCCCAUCCACGCUCACCCCGUUUUUACCCCCUCUUUCCUGUUUUCCACCGCCAUAUGUGGUGCUCGCCCACGGCACGGGGCAUGGCAGCGGCUCCCCCGGGAAAAACAGGAAGGAGGGAUGGGGAAAAAAAGCUGGCGGGGACCCCGUGCCGGGGCUGCUGCCAGCCAGCUACGCCGUGACCCCCCUGCAGCACCGCCUCGCCGGCUGCCGGCUCCUGCCUCGGCAGCCGGCAGCACUGCCCGCCCAGGGCACCGUUCCAGCAUCCAAUUCCCUUUUCUUUUAAGGAUUUUUUUCCCCCCCCUGUUUUUAAAGGGUUUUUUUAACACCUCGGUGCCACCAUCUCGAACCACGACGGCGGGAUGUUCUCAGCAGGUCUCGCCAGCUGCACUUGCCGUUCUCCCCUUCCAAAAUCUGAGUUGUUUCCUUGGAAUUAAAAUUUUGGAGGUGCUGGAGCACCUGAGAAAGCA